AUAUUCCGGAAAAACCUAGAAAAAGAUGAGACAAGAACCAAAAAGAACGAAAACUAUUGCAAAUCUAAAACGUAACUGUGUGAAAAGUAUUAUUACCAUUGCUGAAUCUGAAUUAAUUGUCGAAAAACAACGGCAAAAACUUUUACAUGAUCCACAUUUUAAGAAGAAAUUAGAGAAAUAUGUAACGGGAAUCAAUGAAAAAAUCGAAGAAAUUGAUCAAUUGAUAUUUAAUUUAGCAACAUCCACGACUAAUCUUCUACCCUUGCAAAGUUUAAUUGAAUUAUCAAAUAAACGGAAACGUUUAGAAGAAGCUUUGAUACUUCUUAAUAAAAUACUCGACCACCCGACACACGACACAUUUUUAGUAUCUCAUAAUCUGUUAAAAUCGAGAAUGAAGGGAUCAUCUCUUGGCUUACGAUAAAAUAAAAUAUAUAUAUUGAAAUCCGUCGGAUUACAAGUUGUGCAUAAGUCAAAUUGU